AUGGCCGCCUUCACACUGCGUGGUGCAGGCUGCUGCAUCCACACGCACAGCAAGGAUGCUGUGCUCGUCACACUGCUCUGCGAAGCUACCGGCACCGACGUCUUUGAGAUCCAGAAACUCGAGCAGAUCAAGGGUAUCCCCAAAGGCUACGGCGAGGAAAAGAAGGGAAAUCUUGGAUACCACGACCGUCUUCGCAUCCCUAUCAUUGACAACACUGCACACGAGNNGGAGGACUUGAAGGACACGCUUGAAGAUGCCAUCAAGCAGUGGCCUGAUACCCAUGCUGUUUUGGUCAAGAGACAUGGAAUCUACGUUUGGGGCAAGGAUGUUGCUCAAGCAAAGACUCAGUGCGAGAGUCUCGACUACAUCUUCCAGCUCGCAGUCGAGAUGCAUAAGCUGGGCUUGCCAUGGAUCCCGAAAUAA